AUGACGGUGGUACCUAAUGGUAAGAACCACUUGAUUCCAACUAGAACUGUUACCGCGUGGCGUGUUUGUAUGGGUUAUAGGAAGCUGAAUUCUGCAACUUGCAAAGACUAUUUCCCCAUGCCUUUUAUUGAUCAUAUGCUAGAUCGGCUGACGGGAAUUAUGAUGUCGUUUGGUCUGUGUAAUGCACCAGCUACGUUUCAGCCGUAUAUGGUGUCUAUUUUUUCGGAUAUGAUUGAGGACUUCUUGGAGGUCUUCAUGGAUGAUUUUUCAGUUAUGGUGCCAUUUAUGGUGAAGGAAGGGAUCAUCCUCGAUCACAAAAUCUCUGAGGAAGGGAUUGAGAUUGAUCAAGCUAAAAUAGAUGUCAUUGCCAAGCUUCCUCCACCCAUUUCUGUGAAAGGAGUUCGAAGUUUUUUGGGGGCAUGCCGAUUGGUCGCUACCAUUCAAGCUGAUGUGGGUGCGAAUGGUUUUACUGUUGGUGCUGUGCUUGGUCAAAGGCAUAAUAAGAUCAUGCACCCGAUUUACUAUGCCAGCAAAAUGCUCAAUGCGGCAUAG